AGGAGAGACAAGCGAAAAGGCGAAGAUUGUCUAUAAAAGAAGGGGGGAACCUCGCUGGCAGUGACUGACAGAGAGGUUAUCCAGGAGCUCCUCUCUCAUUAAACAUUCCUGAGGGAAUCAGCCUGAGCGAGAGAGACAGAGGAUACGGCUGCUGGGACCAGACUGCGGGAACGAUGCUGGUGCUCUCGCAUCACCCGUGUUUCCGAUCCUGAGAUGACCUUCACAUGGGACAGAGACUUGGGUCACUGAAGAGGGCAGCCCUGCUCAUUUUUACCCAGGGGAUGCUGCCAGGAUUAAUAUUAUAUCUGCCCAAGCUUUGUGGGCAGAGGGUCAAGUCCUUGUCACAUGAGACACUAGGGUGGCAGCAUGUCCUCAUUUGGAAAGUUGACAGAGUAUUUCAGUCUGAGGAAAUCAGGAGAGGACAUCCGGCCUGGACGCAGCACUGGAAGAAGGAGUGGGAGCUAUUGCUGUACUGUUACACAGUCCAGGUACAAAACAUAUCCAGGUCCCUGGAUAGAAAGCUACAGAGACCUGUUCUUGGAAAAUCUCUGACUCUUCCAAGCAUCCCUCAGUCCCCAGUACUCACCAGGGUCCCGUUACUCCAGGAAGCAGGGACCCGGCUAUCGUCAGCGUGUUCAACCAGUACAGAUACCCUAACCUCCUGCAAAUUACCACCUGCUGUGGACUCAUGGCGCACUGGAGAAAGGAUGAUGGACGCCAGCAGUUUGAGUCCCCGGCUCAUCUCUUCUCCGGAGGAAUCUCGUCUCAGUCACCAGCGCUCCUUCCACAUGCGGAAGAGCAUCUCUGUGGACAACCACCUUAGUUCUUGUCACUACCCCCUUCACCCACCAGACCCCCAGGGACAGAGGGUGAAGAGCAAGCUGAGGAGGCAGUUCAGUCUGGGGUCAGUGGACCGGAAAGAAUUUCAAACACCAAGGUCCCUCGGUGGGCUCUCAAAGUUGACCCACAGGUUGUCGCUAAAGGAGAGAUCUGAGAAGAGGAACGAUGCUGAACUGGCACCUCUCGAGCAGCCCGUAUUCCGACAGCGAUCACUGAGCAUUGAAUGGUCUUCCUCACCAAAAAUGACGCAGCAGAUGAGGGACCUUCAGCUGGCACAGACCAAGAAGCCGGCAGGGCCCUCUUCACCCAAUGCUGCCAAGAGACUCUACAGAAACCUGUCUGGGAAGUUCCGGGUGAAUUACACGUCGUUUGAUGAAGGCAGUUUGGCAGCACGGAAUGAAAAGGAGAGGCUACGGAAGUCAUGCCUUUUUCAGGGUAAUGCUGCUCUGUUUGACGCAGUUGAACUGCAAGAUCUUGACCGGGUGCAAGAAUUACUGAAGCAAUACAGUGUGGAAGAGCUGGAUCUCAACACCCCCAACAGUGAGGGCCUUCUUCCACUUGACAUAGCGAUCAUGACCAACAAUGCUCCAAUAGCUAAGACAUUGCUGCAAGCUGGGGCCAAGGAAAGUCCACACUUUAUGAGCUUGGAAAGCCGAUCGCUCCAUCUGUCCACGCUGGUCCGGGAGGCUGAGCAGAGGGUGAAUGACCUUACGGCCCAAGUGGUAAACGAGGCUCCGAAUGCAGAUUGUUCCGAAAAAGAGAAACAGCUCAAGUCCUGGGAGUGGCGGUACCGGCUCUACAAGCGCAUGAAGGCAGGGUUUGAGCAUGCAUGUGCGCCGGAUCAUCCAACCAACGUUCGUCUGGCCGUAACCAGCAGCACAACACUGCAGGUGUCAUUCCAGGAGCCCCUGAGCGUGAACUCUGCUGUCGUCACAAAAUACAAAGUGGAAUGGAGCUUGUCAUCGUCCUUCUCUCCGAAUGUGGGGGAAGUGGUCAUCGAAAAUGUGAGGAACCUGCAGUUCAACAUCCGAGGUCUUGUUUCAGGCACAAGGUACUAUGUUCAAGUUUCAGCAUACAAUAUGAAAGGAUGGGGACCCCCAGAAACGUCACUUCCAGCUUUUGCAAUCCCAUCUAACUGGCGUGAGUAUGAUGGUCGGGCACCAAGAAGACGAGGUCAAGCCGAAGCCCUGGAUCUUCUGCUGAACCAGGUGAAGACAGGUCACCAGCACUGUGUGUGUCAUGAACCAUUCAAGAACCAGCCUCAGAGCAGAAAACAUUCAGUUUCCAAGAGCCUGAAACAUCUCUUUCAUCCAAGCAGCAAGUUUCUGAAAGGCCUCAAGAGGGGCCUCUACCUUGCCUCAAUAUUCUAUAAGGAUGACAACAUCCUAGUAACUCAUGAGGACCAGAUUCCGGUGGUAGAGAUAGAUGACUCCUACUCCUGUCUCCUGAUGCAGGAUUUCCUGUGGUUCACUAAGGUAUCGUGCAUGUGGGACGAGAUCCUAUGGCUACGACAAUGUGUCACGGUGUCACAAUCCUCCUGUUCCUGUAUUCUGCAAACCCGCUUUAAGAUGCUGCUAGCUGUGUCCCAAAUGCAGGGUCUUCUCGGAUUCCAGGACCUGGGGCAGGUUUUCUUCGAGCCCAUUAAAGACAAGCAAGGGAACAUUGUGAUUGUGACUCUGAAGGAGGUGAAACUGAGCCAGACGCUAGAGAACGUACGCUGGAUGCCGGUCUUCAAACUGCAGACUCACAGGAAGUCUGUCUCAUCACCGGACGAGCCCAGCGCUCUGGACGUCCUGCUGAUGACACUGCAUGACAAAUUAGCGUACCACAGGAGAAGCAGUCAGGCCCUGCCUCCAGGCCUGUAUAUGGGAUAUCUGAAGCUCUGCAGUGCAGUAGACCAGAUCCGAGUGCUGGUACCUGAGCGGUUACCCAACAUCCUUUGCCAUGUGAAAAUCCGGGCCAAUUCCAACGUGUCCAGGGAAGAAUGGGAGUGGCUUCAAACUUUGGCCGAUGUGGAAGAACCAAUCACCAGUGAGCAGGACUCGGACAGCAGCCAAAACUUAUUGCUGCAAGAUCUCAGGACGGCAGUGAAGGAUCUAAUGAGUCAAGUCAACAUUCCACUUCAAGAGGCUAAAGAUUUCCGGCUGUACAGUCAAGAAGUCCUGGAGUUUGGAGGCCAGGUUUCUCUGCUCUUGUUGCUGCCGCCAUCUGAUGACGUAUGCACAGCUCCCGGUCAGAACAACCCCUACACCCCUUACUCAGGAUUUCUCACACUGCCCCUGCAAAUAUUUGAGCUGGUUCACUUUUUCACAUAUGAUCGUGAUUUCAUUAGUCAGUAUUGUCAGUUAUCGGCCCUGUUGGAGCUGGAGUCUCUCCUGUCACAGCAGAGUCUCAGGGAAGCCUUCUCCGACUCUGAACUGACCACCGCCAAACAACGGCAUCAGCAGGUUCAGGAUUUCAUUCAGCAAAUGGAGGAAAUCUGGAGAGAAAUGCGUUGGAUGAUGGACGUCCUCCAGCAUGCGAGGUACAAACAGCCUUCAUGUGCUGUACCCCUCACGUGGUUUCUUAAUGGGUCUGGAGACAUUUUUCUGAAGGAGAAACCUCAGUCCACUUCAUCUCACCUGGACUACUUCCCAUCUCCAACCCCCUCACCUGAAACCAACCGAAAGCUCAAUACAGAUUCCCAUGGCGUAUCAGAUGAAGAGGGCUCCUCAGAAGUCUUCCUUGCUACCGAUAGUGAUUAUGACUCUAGCAGAGCCCAGAGUCCAAAGGAAUUAGACUUGGUUUUUUCCUCUGGACAGGAGUGUGGCAGAAGAACCAUCCGCAGCUUCAGAGAUGGAACGCCCGAUGUCUUGCAGACACAUGAGCCCAAAGUAAUGACUCAGGAAGAUGAUCGGCCACGGCAGCUUUAUGACAGUGACUUUGUGCUUCCCAGCCGCCAGAUUGAACUGCUACGCAUUACAGAGAAGCGUCAAGCUUACUGCGUUCGUACCAGCAGCCUUGACUUUCCCAAGCAGCCCUAUAAGGCAUCUCGAAAGUCCUGUCCAGGUUCUGUAGACAGUUCACCGACAGAAACAAAACCUACAGGUCACCGAAGUGUCCGAGGGCUGAGGACCAGCACAUCAUUUAGCCCAGACCAUGACCAGCCAUGCGAGAGCUCACAGCUGAUAUAUCGCACACACUCUGUUGAGUGGACACAUGACUUCCAAGAACCUUUGGAAACGAGAAUUGUAUCAGGCCAAGGAAAAAAGAAUAACGCUGUAACUCUACGAAUAUAUCCACAGUACGAGACUGGUCUGUCUAAGGACAUGAGUGUGAAGUUACAUAUAACAAGCAAAACAGCGGCUCACGAAGUUGUAAAGCUGGUUGUCCUUCAGAUGAAUGAGAUUUCCAGGAGCAUCCUGGGUAAUACGGAAAGCUACUGCUAUGAUGAAGAUCAACUAGAUCACUUUGCGCUGGUUUUCACAUCUGAGAAUAAUAAGGAACAGUGGCUGGAUGAUGACUUUCUGCCUUUCUCACUCCAGAAGUCAUGGAACAAGGGUCACUUUUCCGUCCGGAUCCGAGAGACCUCUCCUUUGCUUUUUCAGUACGGCCCAGCCACGACGGUAUGAGUUUGUUUCCCGGAUGUGGCCUAACCAAGUCAACCUAUCGACUCCAAUUAAUGCUUCCUUCGCUCAACAAAGCAUUCUCCUUGUGCAGAAAUGUGGGCUCCGGUUAUAAAUAAAGUUUAAAAUAUU